UAUGUUGAGGCUGAAGAGAUCCAAAUGUUCAUCACAAACCAUAACAUGUCACAGGCCAUUUUCAGAUCAUUUUCACAGUUGGAGUUGCUAAAGGUAAUUGAAACACUUCAAUUUUUAAAAUCUACAUUUCACUUUGAUGGUUACUUAAUUUUUAUUUUUUUAUCAUGUCUUCUUUGUAUUCUAAUUUUUAUUUUUAAUUUUUGAAUAGGUUGCCGAGACCCGAUUUGCAUCCAACACAAUCGUCUUGAGGCGACUUGUGAAGGUGCGACAGCCACUUGCUAGCAUGGUAAUUAGUCAAAGUUGGUCCCUAUGGAGGCAAUCCAAUACUGAAAGGGCAGCAAAUGUAAAGCGCAUGAUCCUAGAUGACACUUGGUGGGAUCGAGUGGAAUAUCUUUUGAGUUUCACUGAGCCCAUCAUGAGUAUGAUCCGUUAUACUGACAUGGAUCACCCAUGUUUGGGAGAGGUAUAUGAUGGCAUUGACUCGAUGAUUGAGAAAAUGAAAGCCAUCAUCAAUGCAAAAGAGCAAGAUCCCGAAGAAACUUUCUUCAAAGAGGUUCAAUCAAUUUGUGUUGAGCGGUGGAACAAAAUGACCACCCCACUACAUCUUCUUGCAUUUGCAUUGACUCCCAAAUUUUAUAGUGAUGAAAUGCUUGCUAAGCCAUCAAGGGUACCACCAUAUAGAGAUUCAGAAGUCAGUGAAGGGUGUAGGACAGCACUUACUAAACUCUUCCCAGAUUCUGAAAUGGAGGAUUUAAUGACAAGUGAGUUUGCUGAUUUUGUAGCCUCCAAUGGUCAAAGUGUUUCCGCUCUCCGUGACAAGUAUAAAAAGGAUUCUCAUGCUUGGUGGUACCUCAAUGGCCAUACAUCACCAAACCUUCAAACUCUUGCAAUCAAAGUUUUAUCGCAAGUUGCUAGUUCCUCUUCAUCUGAGCGAAAUUGGAGCACAUACUCCUUUAUCCACUCAGUGAAACGCAACCGACUGGCAGCAAGUAAGGCAGAAGAGCUCGUUUAUGUGCAUUCAAACUUGCGCCUUCUUACUCAUAAACAAAAUGAGUAUAAGGAUGGGAGCACAAAGUUUUGGGAUGUAGAUCCAGAGCAAACUGAUUUGGAUUUUUCAGCUGCCACACAAUCUUUACUUUCUGGGGAGUCUGAUAGCCAAUGUGCUGCUAGUGCAAGUGGCAGUGAGGCUGCAUGUGGUUCCAGUACUCUACCUACAUCAUCUAAUGUCAAUGAUGAUGUUGAUCUUGAUCUUCCUAGUGACCCAUAUGAUGCUAUUGCUGAUUAUUAGUUGUGUCAUUUUAUUGUUGAACGGUUGAGCCAGUGAACAAUGAAUUCGAUAUCUAUCAUAACAUUCAAAGUUUGUAAUUUUGUUAUAGACUUAUAGUUAUAUCAAUAUGAAUCAUAUAUGAUAGUUCCAAGUUUUGUUUAGCAUAUGGAUGAUAUGUGGGAUUCUAAAUUUAAUUUUUGUUUCUACUUAUUAGAGUGUAUAUAUGUAUAUAUUUAUGAUUUUUACUUUUUUUUGUACGGACGUACCCAUACGUACCCAGGCCCCCCCUAAAAAAA